ACAGGCUACAUACCCAAAAUAGGCAGUCAUUACAGUAUAGAAUAAAUAAAAAAUUAAAGUACAAUUUAAAAACGAAAUCGUACGAAAAAGUAAAUCGACAUUUAAUGUACCUAUGGACACGUAUAUAACAAUAUCCAACAAUAUAAGCCUGCUGAAUGAGUUAACCAAUAAUAAAUUAACCAUUUGUACACACUGUGACUGUGAAAGAAUGGAUCGCUAAUAUGUGAUCAUGAAUUGAGAACGCGAGCUAGGCGAGGAAUACAAGCGGAGGUCUAUAACUAGUCUAUAACUAAAGAGGUUAAAGUUUCUUAAGGUUCGAUUCGGAACAUUCAAAUGAAAGGAGGAGACCGUCUUAGGAACAUUAAGAACUCUCCAGCAAAAAGUGGGCGAACCAGCAACUCUACGCAGGUUUAGAAUUUCCAGCCCAACAGCUGUAAGUUUACCACAGUAAUACAAGUCUGCUGAAGAUCUGUAGAAGACCAGAUCUGAACACUAAAUACCGCACCACUUUACGUUGCACUCUCUCAAGUCUAUCCACAUCACAUAAAACUACACAUCUUUAUCCAAAGAGAUGCCAGAGCCAGAAUUCAUAGGCUCAGGAUCAGCCUCCAAUAGCCUACUCACAUAACAAGGAGCAACUAAAUCUUCGAGGGGAGCUUAAACUAGACAGAACUUUGGGGAUGCCUACUGAUACCAUGACCUCUAACUCAGUUUUGACAAAAAACUUCUAAUCAAAAUACCUUGUAGAGCAGACUGAGAGAAAGGGAUCCCGAUUAAUGCAGACCCUAUCUGGUUUACAGGUGGCUCCAAAACCGAAUGUGGGUCAGGAGCUGGCAUUUAUGGAAAUAAACCAAUGACUAGAAAAUAUAAGCCUUGGACAAUAUGCCACCGUCUUUCAAGCGGAAGCUGCUAUUGAACACUAUGCCAGGGAGAUAAAAAGACAGUCAUUAGAAGGAGAAUCAUAUAUGUACUCGGACAUCCAGGCGGCACUGAAGGCAAUUGCCGCAUCUAAAGUCCAGAGUCCUUUGGGCCUGCAUUAGAGCCCUGACAGACGUUGGGUAAAACAACAAAUUAUCUCUGUCUGGGUGCCAAGCACACAGGGCAGAGGGGCAACGAAGAGGCCGAUGUAUUGACCAAGAAAUAAACCAGAGACCAACACUAAGAAAAGCAGAAAAUGACAGAAUUGAAGAAACCUAGUGAAUUCGUCUUCCGGAUCCUAGGGAUAAGCGGUAUGAUGGUGCCACCGGGUGCGAAGUUCCCGAAAAUUUUCUCCAUCUACGUUUUGGUACAGUGUGUAAACACUUUUUUAUUCAUACUCACAAAUUUCGUCUCAUUGACAUCAAAGAACAUAGGCCUCUACGAAAAACUGGAAUGCUUUCAGUACGGUAUCUCAACUUGUCAUAUAUUAUCCAAACAUAUGAACAUAGUCUUACAGAGAAAGCGUACGAUUAAAUUUUUCACACUCAUCGAUGACAUGUGGUCUGAAUUCGCACAUGAUCCUAAAUAUACGCAUUUAUUUGUCAAGGCUCAUAAAAUUUCAGUGAGAAUGGUUAUAGCAAUGAUUCUCUUUUAUGAUGGCCUCAUCCCAAUGAAUUUCGUCUUAUGGCUAAUUAAAAAUUUUUUGAUGUCGCCUGAUGUUAAAACCGUGCCCUUGGCGCUAUGGGUAUUUUUCGAUUGGAAAAAGCAUAUCUUCCUUGGUACAUUUUACCAGCUUACUAUCUUUGGAUCUGCGCUUUUGAGCAUAGCAAUCAGCAUAGCACUGGUACGCAUAAUUGCCGAACAGGGAUCGGUACAGAUGCAAAUCUUGCAUAUGAUGCUUGAAUCGAGGUCACCAGAGGAUGAUAAAGAGUCCAACAAAAAAAUUUACAAACUACACCAAAAAAUCAUCAUAUUUGUCAAGGAGUUUAAUUCAUUUUUCAGCGCUCACUAUUGUUUUGAAAUGGUAUUAUCUUCUAUGCAGAUCGCCGCACGAGGCUACGCCGCAGUUUCUGGGCUGAAAGAAGGAAAUAUAAUGAUCUUGGCAUCAUAUUUACUUAUCGCACUAACUGUGAUCCCACCGUUUGUUAUUUGCUACAGUGGCAACCUCAUCAAGACCCAAGGUGAAAAGAUCUACCGAACAGCUUAUCGGAACCAGUGGUACUACGAAAAGACCGAUUCGAGAAAGGAUCUUUUAAUAAUGAUGACUACCGCCACAUAUCCUGUGCACCUCCACUACAGAUAUUUCGUUACAUUUUCAAUGGAGCAAUUUACCACGUUAAUGCAAGCGACUUACUCAUACCUGACGAUGAUUCAGCAUUUCGAUAUAUAAUUUUACAGAUUUCAAUAAAGAAUUUCUUGAGACCUGCGCACAUUUUUUUUUCUUACAAGGAGACGGAGAUGAUGCAAUAUGAUAGUAAUAGAUCGAUGAUAACAAUUUUGACAUUUCACUAAAAAUGAAGAAUUUAAGCUUAAAUGUAA